GGCAUUGUGGGGCGGGGCGAGGCGGGGCGCCGGGGGGAGCAACACUGAGACGCCAUUUUCGGCGGCGGGAGCGGCGCAGGCGGCCGAGCGGUACUGGCUGGGUCGGCUGGGCUGCUGGUGCGAGGAGCCGCGGGGCUGUGCUCGGCGGCCAAGGGGAUAGCGCGUGGGUGGCCGAGGAUGCUGCGGGGCGGCCGCUCCGGCGCCCCUCGCUGGUGACUGCUGCGCCGUGCCUCACACAGCCGAGGCGGGCUCGGCGCACAGUCGCUGCUCCGCGCGCGCGCCCGGCGGCGCUCCAGGUGCUGACAGCGCGAGAGAGCGCGGCCCUCAGGAGCAAGGCGAAUGUAUGACAACAUGUCCACAAUGGUGUACAUAAAGGAAGACAAGUUGGAGAAGCUUACACAGGAUGAAAUUAUUUCUAAGACAAAGCAAGUAAUUCAGGGGCUGGAAGCUUUGAAGAAUGAGCACAAUUCCAUUUUACAAAGUUUGCUGGAGACACUGAAGUGUUUGAAGAAAGAUGAUGAAAGUAACUUGGUGGAGGAGAAAUCAAACAUGAUCCGGAAGUCACUGGAGAUGUUGGAGCUCGGCCUGAGUGAGGCACAGGUUAUGAUGGCUUUGUCAAAUCACCUGAAUGCUGUGGAGUCCGAGAAGCAGAAACUGCGUGCGCAGGUUCGUCGUCUGUGCCAGGAGAAUCAGUGGCUACGGGAUGAACUGGCCAACACGCAGCAGAAACUGCAGAAGAGUGAGCAGUCUGUGGCUCAACUGGAGGAGGAGAAGAAGCAUCUGGAGUUUAUGAAUCAGCUAAAAAAAUAUGAUGACGACAUUUCCCCAUCCGAGGACAAAGACACUGAUUCUACCAAAGAGCCUCUGGAUGACCUUUUCCCCAAUGAUGAAGACGACCCAGGGCAAGGAAUCCAGCAGCAGCACAGCAGUGCAGCCGCGGCUGCCCAGCAGGGCGGCUACGAGAUCCCCGCGCGGCUGCGGACGCUCCACAACCUGGUGAUCCAGUACGCCUCGCAGGGGCGCUACGAGGUAGCUGUGCCCCUCUGCAAGCAGGCCCUGGAGGACCUGGAGAAGACUUCAGGACACGACCACCCGGACGUGGCCACCAUGCUCAACAUCCUGGCCUUGGUGUACAGGGAUCAGAAUAAAUACAAAGAUGCAGCUAACCUACUGAAUGAUGCCUUGGCUAUUCGUGAGAAAACUUUGGGCAAAGAUCAUCCUGCGGUGGCAGCGACUUUGAAUAACCUUGCAGUCCUUUAUGGUAAAAGAGGGAAGUACAAAGAAGCAGAGCCGUUGUGUAAAAGAGCUCUGGAAAUCCGAGAAAAGGUUUUGGGGAAGGAUCACCCCGAUGUUGCCAAGCAGUUAAAUAACUUGGCCUUACUGUGCCAGAACCAGGGCAAGUAUGAAGAAGUAGAAUAUUAUUAUCAAAGAGCCCUCGAGAUCUACCAGACAAAACUGGGACCUGAUGACCCCAACGUGGCUAAGACGAAAAAUAACCUGGCAUCCUGCUAUUUGAAACAAGGAAAGUUCAAGCAAGCAGAAACACUGUACAAAGAGAUUCUCACUCGUGCACAUGAAAGGGAGUUUGGUUCUGUAGAUGAUGAAAAUAAACCCAUCUGGAUGCAUGCUGAAGAAAGAGAAGAAUGCAAAGGAAAGCAAAAGGAUGGGACAUCUUUUGGAGAGUAUGGCGGCUGGUACAAAGCCUGCAAAGUUGAUAGUCCAACUGUUACAACCACUCUAAAAAACCUUGGGGCACUUUACAGACGUCAAGGCAAAUUUGAAGCUGCAGAAACAUUAGAAGAAGCUGCUAUGAGGUCUCGUAAACAGCGAAGUAUCUCAGAAAUACCUAAGAAAAUCUUAAGUGCUAAUGGGUCAAACCAUUUUCCCCUGCCUGGCUCACAGGGUCUUGACAAUGUUCACAAACAGAGGGUGGCAGAAGUGCUCAAUGACCCUGAGAACAUGGAGAAGCGCAGGAGCCGUGAGAGCCUCAACGUGGACGUGGUCAAGUACGAGAGUGGCCCUGACGGAGGGGAGGAAGUGAGUAUGAGCGUAGAGUGGAACGGGGAUGGCACUGGAUCUUUAAAACGCAGUGGUUCCUUUAGCAAACUCCGGGCUUCCAUUAGACGCAGCAGUGAGAAGCUGGUUAGGAAGCUGAAGGGAGGAAGUUCACGAGAGAGUGAGCCAAAGAACCCCGGCAUGAAGCGUGCCAGCUCUCUGAAUGUCCUUAACGUGGGUGGCAAGGCUGCUGAAGAUCACUUUCAAGAACGAAAUAAUUGUCUGGCCGACUCGCGAGCUCUGAGUGCCAGCCACACUGACCUGGCCCACUGAGGGCCAGCAGGGCUAGGGCGUCUCUGGCCGAGCCUCUUUUUGUGGAAAACGACAGCAGCAGCAGUGGCCUGGAAGACGCCACCGCUAACUGACCCCGACCCGGCCCCGCUCCAGGAUGGGACUGCCGAGUGUGGCCCGGAGCUGGCCCGGGACAGCCAGGGCGGCAGGGAGGGCCCCUGGCCGGGAGCCGCAGCGCUCACUCAUUUCUCAUGCGUCUGUGUGCGUGGGACAUGAUACUAAUAACCACACGGCUGGCGUGACCUUGGGGCUGGGGCUGGGCCUAAGCGGGUGCCCUGGUGCGGCGUGGCCUCUCCCAGGAGACCUGGGGCAUGAGCUGGGCCCACGGCUCCCUUCCCAUGUGUAACUUCCUCACGUUGUGUGCGAUAACGUACUUUAUUGUACAUUUUUUUAAAUUAAAAGUUUAUAUGCCUUA